AUGUCUUCUGAUAAGAAUGAGUGCAGUUUGGAGGAUGUGUGCGACUUACUAGAUAAACUAGCAUUAACACAGUUGCAUUUGAUGGAGGAUAAGAUGAGAUGUGAACUGGGAAUUGAGAGUAGUAUAAAUAAUGGUAGUAUUCAUUUGGCUAAGUCUAGAUAUAUUAUGGGACAGAGUUCAGUCAGCAAGGAGAGGUUACCAACAGAGAGCAGUCCUGAAUUCACAGCAUCAAUUACUUGCAAUACCGUCGAAGAAGAUUAUGUUAAACAAGUUAAAGUCAUUGAAACCCAAGGCGGGAUUAACCCUAUACAUUGGUUCGGCGUCUUAGUACCUCAGAACCUCCACAAAGCUAAAGGUAUAUUCCAGAACGCAAUAAAUUUUGUCAUCGAAUGUGUUAAUAUAAACAUACAAUUGUUAGAGAACCUCGAUAAUUAUAAUAUAUUAUUGAAGCAUAAAAAUAAUUUACUCAAAGACGUAAAGGAAGAAUUAAAAUAA